AUGGCGGAGGAGGCGGAGGGGAUGGACCGGUUCGACAUGGAGGGGGACUUCGAGGGCGGGCGGUUCGGCCGCGACGGGGAGUUCUACUACCGGAGCCGGCGGGAGCGGGCGCCGCAGACCCGCGACGACGCCAUCUACGGGGUCUUCGCGGAGGGCGACUCCGACUACGACUCGGAGGACGACGAAGAGUCCCGCCGCCGCCGCAGGAAGCGCCGCAAGGACGGCGGCGGCGGGGAGGCCGACCUCACCAAGCCCGUCCAGUUCGUCUCCACCGGCAAGUUCAUGCCCACCCAGGAGCCCGAGCCUGAGGAGAGGCCGGGGCUCGGGCGCUCCGACGCCACCACUGAUAAGGCGGAGGUGGCGGAGGCGGAGGAGGAGCAAGACGACGAGGGGGACACCGAGAUGCUGCCGGCGAUGUUCGGCAAGAUCUGGGACGGCGCGCGCGCGAGGCGGGAGGAGAAGGAGCGGGAGCGCGAUGCGGCGGCGCGCCGGCGACAGGCGGCGGGUCUCGGGGCGGGGGAGCCGGCCGCGGCUCCUGGGAGCCUGGAGUCGAACUCCAAGGUGGCCAAGAUGAUGUUGAUGAUGGGGUACAAGAAAGGCAUGGGCCUUGGCAAGAAUCAGCAGGGGAUCACCGCACCGGUGGAGUCCAUUCUGCGACCCAAGAAUGCAGGCCUGGGGAGCGUCGAGGGGUUCAAGGAGCCCAAGACCCUGUUGCCUAAGGAGAACGUGCCGGCCCCACCACCUCCACCGGCAUCAGCGUUGAAGGAGAAGCGUUGGUACAAGAAGGCUACCACAAAGAAGGCUCCAAUCUUGACGAAGAAUGAGCUCCUGGCCAUGCGUGCUGAGCAGGAACAGGAGGAACAGCCUGCUAUUGUCCAGAAGGUGAUCGACAUGCGAGGGCCGCAGGCGCGGGUGCUGACAGAUUUGAAGGGGCUCAAUGAAGAACAAGAGAUGGAGGCGAAUGAUGUGCCCAUGCCAGAGCUGCAGUACAAUGUGCGCCUGCUUGUUGAUGAGGCUAGAGCUGAUAUUGUGAGGUUGGAUGCACAGCUGCGGCGGGAGCAGGAGAAGGUGGCUAGCUUGGUGCGGGAGAAGGAAAAGGUUGCUAAGCAAGAGGCAUCGCAGAAACGCCAGCUGCUGGUGAUGGAGAGAAUUGCAGAGACACUGGAGAAGGUCCGGGAGGAUGAUACAUCCGGCAUGCUCACUCUGGAUGGGUUGAUUCAGACAUUCCACGGGUUGAAGGUGCAGUUUGAGGAGGAGUUCAAGAUGUGUAGCAUUGCAUGGAUUGCUUGCCGAUAUGCUCAUCCAUUGCUAAUCCGUGUCUUCCAGGGGUGGCAGCCCCUGCAGAAUCCAAAGUUUGGGUUAGAAGUCAUGAGAAAAUGGAAGGACCUGCUGCAGGGGGACCAACCAUAUGACUUCUCAGAUAGUGCUGCAUCAAUGACGCCAUAUGUGCAGCUUGUUAGUGAAGUCAUCCUACCGGCUGUGAGGAUAUCAGGAAUCAAUUCGUGGGAGGCUAGGGAACCGGAACCAAUGCUCCACUUUCUUGAGUUAUGGGAUAAUAAGAAGUUGCUGCCUCCUGUUUUGCUUCAAUCAAUACUGGAGCAUGUAAUCAUGCCAAAGCUCUCAGCUGCCGUGGAUUCAUGGGAUCCUCGCAGGGAAAGUGUACCAAUCCAUGUCUGGGUGCACCCAUGGCUGCCAAUGCUAAGGGAAAGGAUAGAGACCUUGUGCCAUUCUAUUCAAUACAAGUUGAGCACUGUCCUCCAUGUAUGGCAUGCGCAUGAUGCUUCAGCAUAUGCAGUGUUGUCUCCGUGGAAAGACGUGUUUGAUUCGGCAAGCUGGGAAGACCUGAUUGUGCGGUAUAUCAUUCCUAAACUGAGAUUGGCACUGCAAGACUUUCAGAUCAACCCAGCAAACCAGAAGCUCGAUCAGUUUAACUGGGUGAUGUUGUGGGCAUCUGCAAUCCCAGUACACCUCAUGGUCCAUAUGUUGGAAGUUGAUUUCUUCAGCAAGUGGCAGCAGGUCCUGUACCAUUGGUUGUGCUCACCAAAUCCCGAUUUCAAUGAGAUAAUGAACUGGUAUAAGGGAUGGAAGGGCCUUUUCCCACCAGAGUUACUUGCCAAUGAGCGCAUACGGAUUCUGCUAACUGCUGGUCUUGACAUGAUGAACCAAGCUGCUGAAGGACUUGAGGUAGUGCAGCCUGGGGCUAGGGAGAAUGUGGGUUACUUGAGGGCAACUGAGAAGCGGCAGUUUGAUGCAGCACAGCAAGCUUACCAUGCUGUCCCAGGAGCAGCCAUGGCGGAUUUGAGCUUCAAGGAGUCUAUACAGGCAUAUGCAAUGGAGCAAGGUUUGCUAUUUAUGCCUAGAGUUGGCAAGUUCUACAAUGGCAUGCCAGUGUAUGAGUUUGGCACCGUUAGUGUUUGCAUAGACUCUGUGAAGCGACUACUGUAUGCACAGCUUCAAGAGGGUGUUGAGAGAUGGAGUGCUGUAACUCUUACACAAUUGAUGGACAUGAACCGAAUGGGAAGAGCACACUAG